AUGUAUCUGGAACUGCUUAACUGGCGGUGGGCUAAGGGGCUUGCAUGGGGGAGGGAGCCAGUUAGAACAUCAGCCAGAGAGCAGGCCAGUGAAGAUGUUGAUGCUGUUACUUUUAUCACAGGACGAAUUCAUACCAGUGCACAGCGCAAACUGCAGUAUGGGCUUUUGGCAAACUUUCUUGGUGACAAGGCAUCAAAAAAACUGACAGAAGAAAGCUAAGUGAUAACUGUGGAUGGCAACAUAUGCUCUGGGAAGGGCAGGGCUGCAAAAACAAUAGCGGAGCAUCUAGGCCUGAAGCACUUUCCUGAAGCAGGGAUCCAUUACGCAGCCAGCAUCACAGGAGAUGGAAAAGCCCUGGCUGAGGAGCUCACUGGCAGCUGUAGUUUGGAGAAGUUUUACGAUAACCCACAAAGCAGUGAUGGGAACAGCUACCGCCUGCAAUCCUGGCUGUACACCAGUGGCCUCCUGCAGUACGCAGAUGCCCUGGAGCACCUGCUGAGCACAGGACAAGGUGUAGUCUUGGAGCGUUCCAUCUACAGUGACUUUGUCUUCCUGGAGGCGAUGUACACACAGGGCUACAUCCGGAAGCAGUGUGUGGACCACUACAAUGAGGUGAAGAAACUCACCAUCUCCGAGUACUUGCCUCCCCACGUGGUGGUCUACAUCGACAUGCCUGUGCCGGAGAUCCAGCAGCGGAUCCAGAAGAAGGGUGACCGACACGAAAUGAAGGUCACCUCUGCCUAUCUCCAGGACAUUGAGGACGCCUACAAGAGGACCUUCCUCCCUGAGAUGAGUGAGAAAUGUGAGGUUUUGGUGGACAGUGCGAAAGAAAGUGAAGAUGUAGACAAGGUGGUGGAGGACAUUGAGUACCUCAGUUUGGACAAAGGACCUUGGCUGAAGCAGGAUGACCACAGUCUCCAUAACCUGCGGAUGCGUCUUGACAGUGUUUUGUGCUCAUGUUCGUGGCCCAUGACUGACUGGCACCUCCGGGGAUGGCGUCAGCCCUGAGGGUCACCGAUUGCCAGCCCAGUGCCCAGAUGUGCAGGCCCUUCCUCGCCUGAGCCGCCUUGUGGUCCCUGCCACCCGCUGUCUGCCUUCCCUUCCCGCAGAGACCCCUGCAACAGCUCCACAAGGUUUCAGGAUAAGUGGCAAGUGCUGAAUUACACAAGUAUCCCCAUCUGUCUCCUGGAAAUCACAGUCUGAGCUCCCCA